UGCUGGAUAAUACAGAUUUUGGGCCCAUUUAUCCAUCUCGCUUCGCCUCAACCUCUGAUUAUCAUCAUCCUCCCAGGCCAGCUGUGCUGUUUUACCAACUGCUGUUUUAGCUUGUCAAUGUACAGUCGAUUGAUCGCAGUUUAUGCGAUAACAGAGGCAACCGAAGGUUUGGUUUCCAGAGCACUUAUUUUUCUUGCUUGGUAAUGGAAAUGGACCGUGUUAAACAGUUCUGCAACUGGCUAGUUCGAGCUAGCUAGUGAGCUAACUAAACGGAAUUGUGUGUGUGUGACUGUGGUCUUUACAGCCAGAAAGCGAAAUAUAACGUUUCCCCGCCUUGAUAUUUAAUCUUUUUUUCGACCUCUAAAGUCUAGAUAAUCGUGGCUUUGGAACGGACAGAAUCAUUGGACAUAAUGUAUUAUUUUGGCUGAGGCCAGAGCAUGACAGACUUUAUAUCCAUCAUUCAUCUGCCCUGGUGCUUCUUCCAGUCCAAUACGCCGCGGUGUGAGUAGCCCAUCCGGGAAGCGCACAUUAAGCAGAGCACCAUCCUAUGCGCCUCUUGGGUGUCGGGGCGAGAGGUGCUAAAUAGUCCCAGAGCGAUUACGUCGGAGGGAGAGGACGACGUUGCCUUGCCAUCUCAGGAUUAAACCAUGGCUAAUGAACCUGUCAUCCUUAAUGUGUAUGAUAUGUACUGGAUCAACGAAUACACUUCCACUCUGGGUGUUGGAGUCUACCACUCAGGCAUUGAGAUCUAUGGCCGAGAGUUUGCGUAUGGAGGUCAUCCGUACCCAUUUAGUGGUAUAUUUGAAAUAAACCCUGGAAACACCACUGAAUUAGGAGAGACCUUCAAAUUCAAGGAGGCUAUCGCUUUGGGCACAACAGACUUUGCAGAGGAAGAUAUGGAUAAAAUAAUGGAGGACCUGGGGACAGAUUUUAAGGGCAACUCCUACCAUCUAAUGCACAAGAACUGCAACCACUUCUCAUCCUCGCUGUCUGAGCUGUUGUGUGGGCGUGAGAUCCCUCGCUGGGUGAACCGCCUGGCCUAUUUCAGCUCCUGCGUGCCCUUUCUCCAGACCUGCCUCCCUAAGGAGUGGCUGACCCCCGCUGCCCUCCAGAGCCACAUCAGCAUGGGUCUCCACAAGGAGGAGCGGGAGGCCGGGGAGUCCAGCGACGACGACCCCAACUCAGCCUCCGGGACCGCCGGGGCGGGCACCGGAUCCUCACACAGCUGUCGCCAUACACGAGUCUGAACCAAUAACUGUAGGGUCUGAAGAGAAUAGCCAAUAGGACUCUCUUUCAAUGACCUUUGACCUCUGAACUCUGGACCAGAAGGUCACCAGCUCACCCCUGCAGGGGAUGUAGUGAUAAAAUAUCUGUGGGCCUGACUGAAUAACCACCUGACCUCAUAGUACCACCCCUGAGAACAGAGACGGGGGACUAGCUAGUACUAACUCAUGAAGCCGCCGGGGCCAGGGGACCUGCAAAAUCCCCUUGGAUCCUUUCCCUGGUUUUCUCCCUUGUUAGAGUACGGUAGAUAUAUUCUGAAGGAUUUGUUAUAGGUGUUGACAAACUAACUCAGAGCAUGGCAUGGCUCUCUCAGAUUGACCAGAGGGCUGGGGUACUUUCUAGUAUUUGUCUUUUUCCAGGAAUUUGUAAACCUUUGUCAGCCUUCAUCCCUGAUGCCCUCCUUCCAGAGCAGCUUCUUCUUUAGACUAGAUAUCUGACACCACAGAGAUACACCCUAAGCCAAUUUUGGGAUGCAGACUAAGUAUCUCUCAGUCUGAGACUACUGGUAUUGUGGCAUUUAGCAGGAUGUUACUCUCUGCUAGUUUCAAGAGGUUCAAUAACUCCCUUACUUGCCCUUCAGUUGUAAUCAUCAGUGAUGUUUUGUUUUGUUGAUGUGUUAGGGGUAAGUUAAUAUGCUGGCCAUUUUUUAGAAGUUGAAGGAGCAGAACCCAAUACGGCGAUAUAUAUUCUCUGUUUAGGAGUAACUACCUGUGGGUUGUUUUGAACUAGCACCUUAAAACAACAUUCUUAACUGAAAACAAAGGAUUCGACAAGAAGUGAAGACAUCUAAAUUUAAUCUCUGAUCAUAUUCAUUUUAUCAUAUGAAUAUUUAUAUUAGGGUGUUAUUUGUCCAUAGCAUGGUCUCGUGCAUUGUUUAACAAGAUGGUGUCUGCAACCCCAUGUAAUUUGCCAAUUUACCACUAUCAUGAAUAACACUGUCAGAUGACUCUGAAAGUUGCAUUUAUACUCGUUCUUCCAUGGAAAUCUUUCAUGAUGAAACUCAUAGUAACUGUUGAAUCACAGGCCUUGGUUGACACUCCCAGCGGCCUUCCCUAACUGCCUUCCCAGCUGAUGCCACAGAGUGAUUGAGUUGGUGUGUCGGGGCUGGGUUACAGUGGGAGCAUUGUGUGAAGGAAAAGUUUUUUUCUUCUUUUCUAAAUGUCUUUUGAAUUGAUGUGGAAAUGUCUCUGAAUGAGUCUGAUUUACACAUGUGCUUCCUGAAACAAGGGGGAAGUGGUCCUACCAGUCAAAUCCUGGACUAGUGUACUACACUGACUACUAUUCCAUUAAAAAAAAACAUAAAUAAUGCUGUUUCCAGACGAGACAGACAUGAGGAUACAUGUUAUUCACCCUUUUCUGUUCAUGCGUUUAUAAUGCUGCUCUUGUAAAUUCAAUAGUAUUGCCUUGUGAAGCCCACUCCAUUGUAUUCCAUACAUAUUUCUGGAGAAUAAUAUUGUCCUUUCUCUUCUCCUUGAUUUACUGUCUGUCUGUCUGCCUCCACCCUUCUGUACCCCAUCCCCCUCUCAGGAAGGAAAUCACAUGACCUGUGGUUGUUACACAGGUGUCUCAUUACCAUACACCAUCUCCAUGACAACUGGGUGGGGGAAAAACUAUUUAUUUGUUUAUAUACUUAUAUUUUUAAAUAAUCUAUAUUUGUAUUUAUUUUUUAAUGCGUAACUCCUUUUUUUGUUGUUGGCAUUAUCAGGAAGAUUUUUUUUCUUCUUGUUGAAAUGGGUUUUAUAGAGGUCAGUGAAUUGAACCCAUGGAUUUGAAAUGGGUUCUAUAGAGGUCAGUGAAUUGAACCCAUGGAUUUGAAAUGGGUUCUAU